AUGGCGAACGACGACAACGCCAAUGGCGGCGUCAACGAAACCUCUCCCUUGCUAGAACGGACCACCACCAACUCCAACAAACCCACCACCGCCACACCCUCUCUCCCCUCUCGCCUCCACGCCCACUUCACAACAAACGUAAGCACCCAAUGGGGCGACCUGGCCCUCCUCUUCUGCUACAUCAUCACCGGCGUCCUCGACAGCAGCGCCACCAUCGCCUGGGGCAGCUUCGUCUCCAUGCAAACCGGCAACACAAUCUACCUAGGCACAGGACUCGUCGCGCCCUCUGAAGGAACCCGCUGGCUACGGGCACUCAUCGCGAUUGGAUUCUUUUGUUUGGGGAGUUUUGCGUUCGCGAGGUAUCAUCGCCUCUUUGGUGGGCGGCGGAGGUGGGUGAUCGUCUCAUCGUACACGCUGCAGUUGCUCAUGGUGGUGGGCGCGGCGUUGAUGAUCACCCUUGGACCGCCGGCGGAUCCGAAGGGAGAGGUGGAUGUCUGGGUCGCGGUGCCGCUGGGACUUGUGGCGUUUCAAUCGGGCGGACAGGCGGUGAUUUCGAGGGUGUUGAAGUAUGGCGCAUUGACGAGCGUGGUGUUGACGUCGAUCUAUUGCGAUUUGUUCUCGGAUCAGGAGUUGUUUGCGGGGCUUAGAGAGCAUGCAGAGAGGAAUCGGAGGUUGGCGGCGCCGGUUCUAGUACUGCUUGGGGCGGUGAUUGGGGGCAUUUGGGCGCAUACGAGUGUUGGGUUGAUGGGGGCUAUGUGGACGGCUGCUGGACUGAAGUUGGUUGUCAUUGUGGCGUGGUGUUUGUGGAAGGCGGACAAAGAUGAUGCAUCGACAGUGUAG